UUUUCAACUUACAAUCAUACUAAAUACAUAAUAUAGACUCCCAUAAUUCCUUUUUCUUGUAAACUCUUACAUAACUUUUUUAUCACAUUUUUAAUAAUAAUUUUUUUCUUCUUUUUAUAUUUUUAGCAAACGAAACACAAUAAAACUUGUAAAAGACAGCAGAGGCUUCAAUAUUCCACAAUAUCAUAAAUGGUAUUCAACAUUAUGCUAUUUCAGUAAAGAAGCCUCCCUAUUACAGUAACCAACUUUAUAGAAUAUCUAGCAAUAGCACUUAAUUCCAACAGCAUAAAAAAAAAAUAAAAUUUAACGAGUGUAAUUUUUAAGUUUAAAUAAAAGACCACCAAACACAUAGUCUCUUCAAUGACUAAAAGGAAGAGUAAUGAAAUGGUGAAAUAAAAAAAAAAUGAAAUGAGAAAAUAGGACGUAAAAUAUUCAUUUCGGUGAAAAAAAAAAGAAAAAAACCCAAAAACGAAAACGAAAUAAUUUGUAAGUGAAAUAAAAACACAAAAAAUGAAUUCAAUAUGCAACGAAGAAAAAGGAACAAUUAUGCUCUAUCCUUGCGUAUAAAACUGAGAAAUGAAAACAUGGACUUAAAGAAAUAAUAAAAAAAAAUUAAAUCAAAAACAAAACAUUCUUAUUACUAAAAAUCCUUUGAAAGGAUACAAGCAAGAAGAAAAUCAGAAAAAAAAAAUAGAACAAAAAAAAAAGAAAUGCAAAGGAAAUUAAGACUUUAAAGAGCAAACGAAAAAUCAUUGCAGUUUUGUUUUUACGUUUUUUUUCCAUUUUUCGUAUUAAAAAUAAUAAUUUUUAACUUUAUUAAAAAAUCUUCUCUUUUUAUUCUUCUUCAAGGAUAAUUUUAGAGUGAUCUUUUAUUGGAUUUAUUAAAAAUACUAAAAAACAAAAAAAAAAUUUUUAGGCUGAAUAUAUAAAAACAAAAAAAAAUAAAAAAUACACAUAAAAUGUUCAAAUUUAUAAAAUGAAAAAAAAAAGUUAUUCUAUCCUGUUAUUAAAGGAUAAAAUAAGAUUUUUUAAGUCUUUGAAAGAAAAAACAAAAUAAAAACGAAAAUGAAAAACUCAUCACUUUAAUCCAAUAAAAAUCAUUUUUGAGCCCAUCUCCCCUUAUUUUACUUACAUACACAUUCUCAUAUUAAUUUAAUGGCAAAAUAUCCAACUAAAAAAAAAAAACAGAAAAAUUAAAUAUAUAGGACACUGGAGCUCUCUUUUAAAAGAACAUUCAAACAUAAAAAAUUUAUUUUAAAUAAAAAUAAAGAAAAAAAAAAUUACAAAAAAAAAUAUUCUAAAGAUUAAAAAUGGAUGAAAUUUUUGUUUAAACUGAAAUCAAGGACAUGAAAUUUUAACAGAUUUGUUUUGUUCUAGCUUUAGAUUGGUGAAGCAGUGAAGUAAAAAUAAAACAAAAAAAAAAUAUUUAAUUUUGCUUUUGAUUUAUUUUUAAAUUUUUCUUUUUACUUUUUUUUUGCCUUUUUUAUUCACUAUAAAUUUGAUGAUCUUAAUUAAAUAAAUGAAAUAAUAUUGCAAAAUUAAAUUAAUUUAUAUUAGGCAGAAUAUUUUACUUUAUCAGAUCAGGGACAAAUGAAGUUAUAGUCCAAGUUUUUUGAUAUUAUUCAAUAAUGAAAAGAAAAAUUAUUUGGAAAGUCUUAAAAUUUUUUUUAAGAUUUAAAAAAAUAAAUAUUUUUAAAAAGUGGAUGAAAAAGCGCCCAAUAAUAAGGUAUAAAACACACUGAUAUAUAGAAGUAUGUAAAACAAAUUAUGCGAGAACAAUUUAAUAACAUAAGAUUCUGCGUUAAAUUAAGAGAUAGCCAACAUACUAUAAGCGAACCUAUUUACAAUAAUAAUAAUAAUAAUAAUAAUAAAAAAUAACAAUAAUAAUAAUAAUAAUAUAGUAAAUAAAAUUACAAUAAUAACAAUAAUAAUGAUUAUAUAAAAGCUAAGAAAAAAAUAUCAUUUUGUUAGAAUAUAUAAAAAAUAUUCUGAAAAAAAAAACACAUACUAUGAAAAUAAAAUUAAGGAUAAAAUAGUGAAAAAAAUAUAAGUGAAAAAUACUAGAAAGAAAAAAAAAUUUUCAAUAUACCAAAAUAUAUACAAUAUACAAACGGUAUAUGCUAUUAUAAUAAUAAUAAUUUAGAAAAUAAUAAUGUCAACUUUUUUUGCUGCACAAUAUUUGCCUAUAAAUUGUUUUCAUUAUAGGGCAAUAUUAUAAUAUUUUACUACUAAUUUAAUAUAGUUAGUAUAUGUAUAUAAUAAAAAAUAAAAAUAUACGAGUGUAAUAUAGAAAAUUGAACAAAAAGACCUAAUUUUUUCACUGUUAUACUCUGGUGUUUGUUAUUUUUUUUUAAAUUUAAUAUGUGAAAUAUUGAUUCACAAAAACUAAAGUAUAACAAUACAUAGCUAUGUAUGAGAAAAGGAUUUUUAGGAAAUAAAAAAAAAUUGAUUGAAAAAAUAAAUUUGUAGCCAUUCUUUUUUUUUAAUAAGAGCUUAAAAAAUUUAAAAGGAUUUUUAUACUAUUAAAAUAAUAUUAUCUACACACAUAUUUCUUUUUGUAUACUAAAAAAUUUGUAAAUUUUUUAUAAUUAUAUGAAAUUUGUGUAUGUAUAACUGUUAUAUAAUAUAUAAACAAUAUAAUAAUAUAGUGUUGAAUUUCGUUUGUGCGACCAGCAAAAACGAAAGAAAAAUAAUUUCAUAAAACAAAAUUAAAGUACGUAAUCUUAAAAGUUUAAUUAUAAAAAUAAAAUAUGUGAAAACUUCACUCAUUCAACAAUAAUAUUGAAUAAGAGAAAAUUCAUCAUAAGAACAACACAGAAUAAAAGAACUAACAACAAGAAAAAAUCCUUAAAUUAUUUUGUUUUUAGAAAGAUGCAAUAUGACAAAUUAGAUCUUGAAUUUAAUUUGAAAUAAUAUUGUAGAAAAACAAAAAAAAACUAAAAGAAAAUAACAAAAUUCGUUUAUUAAUCCAUUUUUAUUUCUUUUUGUUUUUAACUUGUUUUCGUUUCGUAUAGAAUCGUUCAUUUUGUCGGUUCGGUCAAUAGUUCGGUCGGUUGGUUGUUUCGAUACUUUGAUUUCGUUAUUCUAUUAAAUUUAUUCUUUUCUUUUGCUCUUUUUUUCUCUAUUCUUUCGCUGUUCGCUUCGUGUACAUAAAAGAAAACAAUGAAAACAUAGUAACAAUAAUAUUUUUUUCUUAUUAAGAAAAAGAGACAAAGUAAGAAAAUAAUAAUAAUAAAAAGUAAAAUAAUAAUAAUAAGAAAAUAAAAAAAACAUAACAUAAAACGAAAACAAAACGAAAGAAAAAAAAUAAGAGAAAAUAAAUAGAGAAUAAGAAGAGAAAAGAAAUAAUAGAAGAAGGAGGAAACAAAAACAACAAACAAACAAAAAAAGAAUCGUUUCUAACUGGAAAUUACUGAUGAAAUAAUAAUGGCGUCUUUGGAUUUAACAAAACCAAAUAUUUUACGAAUGCUUACGCUGCUAUUUGUAAUAUCAGUCACUACAACGACAGUUAAUGUUGAAGCCGCACAACGAGAAACCGGAAAGCAAAAAGAUAUAAAUAAUGUUAAUCCAAGCAGUAACAGUAACAGUAUGCAUGGAAAUGUUAAUAAUGAUAGCAAUAUUGCAAUUGGUAGUACAAAUUUAAAUGGUAUAAGUGGUAGCAGUGGCAGCAAUAGCAACAGUAACAUUCAUAGCAGUAGUAAUAAUAAUAAUAACGGCAAUAGUGGCGACGGUAAAACCAGUAAUAAUAAUGCUGGUAAUAGUAAUAGUGGUAUUACACAAAAUUCAAUGCAAAAUAUAAAUGGAAAUGGUAGUAGCAGCAGUAGUAGCAAUAGCCCCAGCAGCAGCAGUAGUAGUAGUAGCAGCAUUAGUAAUAGUGGUAACAAUAGUAAUAAUUUAAAUAAUCUUUCAAAUAAUAAAGAUAAUAAUAAUAGUGGUGGUGGUAGUAAUAAUAAUAAUAAUAAUAAUAAUAAUAAUGGUAAUAAUAACAGUGGGAAUAGUAAUAAUGCAAUUACAACACCUUCAAGUAAAAAUACAUAUGUUGAAGUUGAAGAAACACGUAAUGGGCCAUAUUUUGAUAAAGCUGCAUCAAAGAAUGUUACAGCAUUAUUAGGUAAAACAGCUUACCUUAAUUGUAGAGUGAAAAAUUUAGGAAAUAAGACGAUGCUUCUACAAGUAUCAUGGGUUAGACAUCGUGAUAUACAUUUACUAACUGUUGGACGGUAUACAUAUACAUCGGAUCAACGAUUUCGAGCCAUCCAUCAGCCGCAAACUGAAGACUGGAUUUUACAAAUAAAAUAUCCUCAACAUAGGGAUUCUGGAAUUUAUGAAUGUCAGGUUUCAACGACACCACAUAUGAGCCACUACAUACAUUUAAAUGUUGUUGAACCAUCAACGGAAAUUAUUGGUGCGCCAGAUUUAUAUAUAGAAAGUGGGUCUACAAUAAACCUUACGUGUGUUAUAAUGAAUUCACCAGAACCACCUGCAUAUAUAUUCUGGAAUCACAAUGAUGCGAUAAUUAACUAUGAUUCACCAAGAGGUGGUGUUUCAGUUGUUACAAUUAAAGGCGAAACAACAACAUCAUUUCUACUAAUAAAAAAUGCAAGGCCAUCGGACUCCGGGCAAUAUCAAUGUAACCCGUCCAAUGCCAAAAGCAAAAGUGUAACUGUACAUGUUCUUAAUGGGGAGUUCCCAGCAGCAAUGCAGCGCGCGGGCCAAGCGCAUCAUCGGAUGUCACCAAACCAUUACCUAUUAGUUUACCUAUCAAUAUUAUUAUCUACAUUAGUAUUUAUCAAAUAUCAUCAACAUUAUUUUCCAUCAAAUCAAAUUGUAUCCUAACAAUAUUAUUAAAUAUAUUUAUUAAAUAUAUUUUUAUUGAAAUAAUUAUAAUUAAAUUUAUAAUUAAUUUAAUAAGAUUAAUAAUAUUUAAUAUAAAACAACAAUAUAUAAUAUGUGAAAACUUAUA